AUGUCUCCAGUCUCGAAUGCGCCUCACUCGCGAUCAAACUCGCUCAAUCCCUCUCCUGGGCUCGCCAAAGCACAGCUCAGUGUGCCUGUGAGGACCCAUUCUCGCUCGACUUCAGCGUCGAGCAUCAACAGCGAUGUUCUGAAUCGGUUUGGCUAUCCCACUUACCGCCAAAUGCCCGUCUAUAUGUCUCAAAACCAACAAACUCCAUCUCCUGACCUCUUCGCCACCAACUUCAUGCCAUAUACCAAUGCUCCCAUGCCUGAGCCUCCCAUCAUCAACCUGGAGGGUACAUUUGACAUGCCGAUUGAUCUCGAAACUAUCUCAAGGACCUGCUCUAUGAGCCCCCCUCCCAUGCUGCCGCCCGUCUCUACGAUCAGCAUGCUGAGCUACUUGACCCAGCCAACACAGCCCAUCAACCUAGUGCGGCACCUCACCUUCCAAACCGGCCGUGGUCUAACCAACCACUUUUGGUGGGAUAUACGCAACGUCCGAUCCUGGAAAUCGUUUUCUCUCCAGACCAUGUCUGCGAUUCCGGAUCUUCUGACGCUACUCAACUUCGAACAUGAUACAGCUUGUCUACCUCUGACCAGCUCCAACGCGAGCACUGUGACACCUGCUUCUGAGGCCGAUCUUGCCAAUCUCAUUUCCAAGAUCUACUUUCCCAAAAUUAACGCUGCUACACGGCUGUCCCUGGGUAAUAACUCUGUUGCUCUGUACGUGGCCCCAGCUCCGACGAGCUCUGGGUUGAGCGCCAACUCCGCCAACAUUCCCACGUUUCUUGCCAAUUACCCAAGUGACAAUGACCGCACGCUCUCAGGACUGCCGCGAGGUCGCGUUGUUGGUUUGGUCCGGUCUUUCGAUCGCUGGAAUACGGGCAUGCGCCGUGAAGGCCCUGCCCGCAAGGUCGAGUACCUACGCACUCUGGCGCACCUGCAGAAAUGCAUGCGCGAUCAUAGCUGUCGUUACGGCUUCAUCAUCACAGAGAUUGAACUCGUCUGUGUCCGCGCCGGGUGUGACGAUCGUGGUCAUCCAUACUUCGGCUACCUGGAAGUCGCGGAAUCGGUGGAAACCAAAACAUUUACUCGAAACGGGAACGAGGCAGAUGGAUCCGUUAACAUGACUGUCACCUUGGCUCUGUACUAUCUGCUUAUGCUGGCCAAAGCCACUCCUUUGCCCGGCCAGCCAGGUAGCUUCAUGGACGUUGGUGGUCCUGGAACACUUACUCGACAAAGAGUGUGGGACGGUGGAAAUGGUGGUAGCACUAUCACGGUCGAUGAGGAUGGCGAUGUUGAGGAGCUGGGAAAAGACGGCAAGGACAAGUGGAUGCCUGAACCACAGAUGGGGGAGAAAAGGGAGGCCAGGACGGUGAGAGGAUGGGUGUGGCCUAGCGACCCCUGGCACAAGAGGGAAGGGGAGCGCGAGCAAUUCGUCGAGUUCUACUACAAGACAUUCGACACCGACCGCACACAGCUGGCUGCUCUCUACAGACAGAAUUCGAUGCUUACAUUCGAAAAAGACCCUUUCCUGGGCACGCAGAAUAUCCUUGAGAAGCUGACGAAUCUCCCGUUCCAAAAAGUCCAACACCGAGUAGACACGACGGAUGCGCAACCCUCCGACGAGCAAGGAGGCAUCUUGGUCAUGGUGACGGGUGCAUUGCUGGUCGACGAUCAACCACACCCGAUGAGCUACGUCCAGACAUUCAACCUCCGCCCCGAGAGUGGCAGCUACUUCGUGUUCAACGAUGUCUUCAGACUGGUGUACGCCGCAAGCGGAUAG